CUCCGCCUCCUAUAAGUAAAACCUAACCUAAGGCCUGCAAUUCAUUCAUAGCCAUGGCCGCUAACACGUCUGGUGUCUCCGAUCCGACGGCAAAGAACCCGGAACGGGAUGGCGAGCAUUACGAAGGCGAUCCUUUGAGUGAUUCCCCUGAGUGGUCGAACGUACUACGUGAAAUUUCAUCUGAAAGCCUUCAAAAACAGGGCCCUGUGAUUCGUCGUCUCUGCAAAUUGGCUCUUACUCAUUACGAGAAUAGCCAGCCCGGAGAAACUUACGAGUUUGUGAACCUACAGAAGGUACUGUGCGGGCAAGUUGCAGGUAUAAUGUAUUCUGUCACAUUUUGUGCCAAAAAUCUGAAGAACGACGUGGUUGAAACAUUUGAAGCUGUUGGUUAUGAUUUGAUAGGGGAAGAUGAGUUGAAAAUUGAGACUAUUACUUUGAAAUACUAAGGUAUUUAGCACAACCGUUUGUUCGAUUUUUAGGAAUGUCACCACCACUACUACUGUGCUUUUUUUUUUUUUUUUUUUUUGUUUGGAUUUUGCUGUAAUUUCCGCUGCUGCUUGGUAUUUCAGACUAUAUCAGUGUAAUCUAGUCAGUAUUAUCGCUAGCUGGAACUGAAUCAUGAAUAUUAUGGUCUAUUUUGUUAUUGAUGGAACU